GGAUCAUUGUUUCUAGACGGACUGUAAACAUGUCUGUACUGAGAACCUGACGUUGCUCCACUUCCUAAACAAAUCAGUCGCCUGCGAACAGCUGUCUAUUUAAUUUUACGAAUUAUUAAACUGACACAUUAAUAAAUAUAUAUAUAUAUAUAUAUAUAUAUAUAUAUAUUCAGUUUCCAUACAGAGCAACUACUCGAAUAAUGACUGCUAGCUUUUGCACAAUCGAUAAUAUUCUCCCCUUACCCAACAUUACAGAACUGUUGCUACUGAUUUCCUGGAAAAGGAAUAACCCUGCAGGAGCGCACGUGCCAGGUAUGUAAAAAGUAAACAAAAACAUGUUGACUGGUCGCUAGCUAUUUUGUUUGGUUGCAGCUACUCUUUAGUUUGAACACGAAUGUAAUUUAAUGCAAAAAUACAUUUCAUUUUAUUUUAGAGGUAAGCUUAUGAAGAGGGCUUCUAGCUGGAUAGCUAGCUAACGUUAGAUAGCUUCCUGGCUUAUUAUGAUUAUGUAUGUUUUUCUAGCCAGCUAGCAAGCUUAGCGUAUACAUAGUGGCACUAACAAAGUAACGUUAGCUAGUACACGGUAACAUGUUUCUAGCUGUAACGUUACUGCCCUACAGUAAUAGCUAAUAGCUAGUCCAAAAUACCUUGAUUACAAUGACAUCUAGCUAGCUACUUGAAAUACCUAGCAAAAUACCUAGCUACAGUCAGGGAAAAAAGUAUUUGAUCCCCUGCUGACUUUGUACGUUUGCCCACUGACAAAGAAAUGAUCAGUCUAUAAUUUUAAUGGUAGGUUUAUUUGAACAGUGAGAGACAGAAUAACAAAAUAAUCCAGAAAAACGCAUGUCAAAAAUGUUAUAAAUUGAUUUGCAUUUUAAUGAGUGAAAUAAGUAUUUGACCCCUCUGCAAAACAUGACUUAGUACUUGGUGGCAAAACCCUUGUUGGCAAUCAGAGGUCAGACGUUUCUUGUAGUUGGCCACCAGGUUUGCACACAUCUCAGGAGGGAUUUUGUUCCACUCCUCUUUGCAGAUCUUCUCCAAAUCAUUAAGGUUUCGAGCCAGAUUUGACGGUACAUGGCCCCGUCCAUCGCCCCUUUGAUGCGGAGAAGUUAUCCUGUCCCCUUAGCAGAAAAACACCCCCAAAGCAUAAUGUUUCCACCUCCAUGUUUGACGGUGGGGAUGGUGUUCUUGGGGUCAUAGGCAGCAUUCCUCCUCCUUCAAACAUGGCGAGUUGAGUUGAUGCCAAAGAGCUCGAUUUUGGUCUCAUCUGACCACAACACUUUCACCCAGUUCUCCUCUGAAUCAUUCAGAUGUUCAUUGGCAAACUUCAGACGGCCCUGUAUAUGUGCUUUCUUGAGCAGGGGGACCUUGCAGGCGCUGCAGGAUUUCAGUCCUUCACGGCGUAGUGUGUUACCAAUUGUUUUCUUGGUGACUAUGGUCCCAGCUGCCUUGAGAUCAUUGACAAGAUCCUCCGGUGUAGUUCUGGGCUGAUUCCUCACGGUUCUCAUGAUCAUUGCAACUCCACGAGGUGAGAUCUUGCAUGGAGCCCCAGGCCGAGGGAGAUUGACAGUUAUUUUGUGUUUCUUCCAUUUGCGAAUAAUCACACCAACUGUUGUCACCUUCUCACCAAGCUGCUUGGCGAUGGUCUUGUAGCCCAUUCCAGCCCUGUGUAGGUCUACAAUCUUGUCCCUGAUUAUCCUUUGAGAGCUCUUUGUUCUUGGCUGAGAUUAGGAGCACUCCCUUUAAGAGUGUGCUCCUAAUCUCAGCUCGUUACCUGUAUAAAAGACACCUGGGAGCCAGAAAUCUUUCUGAUUGAGAGGGGGUCAAAUACUUAUUUACCUCAUUAAAAUGCAAAUCAAUUUAUAACAUUUUUGACAUUUUAGUUUUUCUGGAUUUUUUUGUUGUUAUUCUGUCUCUCACUGUUCAAAUAAACCUACCAUUAAAAUUAUAGACUGAUCAUUUCUUUGUCAGUGGGCAAACGUACAAAAUCAGCAGGGGAUCAAAUACUUUUUUCCCUCACUGUAGUAGUUCCAAAGCUUUAGGGUCUAAUCUUUAAUCUCGAUUAACAUCUUGACCUUGAUUCAAAUAUUCUAUGUUAUUUAUAAUAUGACAUCUGAAUUUAUGUUCACCCCUCUUUACCUAAGUGAGCAUCUGAAGCCAAGCCAAGAUGACAAGCCCAAACCGAGACAUCCCCAUCCACAGCUGGCCAGGCUCCUACUACAUCAACAGCGAGAAGCGCUGGGAGGCCGGGACCCUGUCCCUGACCCGCACCAUGCUGCGCUUCACCUCAGACCCGAGCAAAGAGAACCUGGUCGGUUUCCGCCUCACCAGGAUCAUCGAGAUCAAGAUGGAGUCGUCCAGCUUCAUCUUCAGCACUCUGACUGUGUUGGAGCAGGGGAAUCUCAAGCACUGGUUUGGCUCGCUGAGGCCCAACCGGGUGGUGGUCUACAAUGUCCUGGAGCAUUUCUGGAGGGAGAGGUUGUUGUCCCCCUCUACUGAGGUCCAGGGGGUUGAGGCACAGCCCACCAAGAGGAGGGAGCUGAUUAACCUGGUGGUAGGGGCUCAGAGACGGCUAGAGGACACAGGAAAUGUCCUCCACCACCAGGGAGAGCAGUUUGAUAACGUUAUGCAGGGCCUGGACAAGAUCGACUCUAAUCUGGGCGUGGCAGACAAGUAAGGAGGAUCUUGUUAUUGUAUUCUAUAUCUGGACCUUGUCAUUCAACUGUUUUUAUGUUUUCAAAUAUUGUACCUAGCCAUGGAUAUUGUCGGAGGUUUUGAUGCCUUUCUAUUUACAUGUCAUUGGUUAAUCUAUAGUAGUAGUUAAAGAAUUGAGAUUGGAUAGCGAUAAUCCAACUUCUGUCACCAUUCUCUCCGUAGGCUACUGGCUGAACUGGAGUCUCCCCCUUGGUGGCCUUUUGGCAAAUUACCCUGGAAGAGUCAGCAGGAUGCCAAGGCUGAGCAUGCUGCCAGAGAGUCCGCUUGUAAGGGAACAGCAACAGGCAAGCACAGAGUGAUCACCAGCAUACCAGCCAUCGUUUCCAGAGGUGGGGACUCGGACCUGAAGCCUGGCUGCUUGAUGGUGAUGGUCUCCUCAUUAGAAGUCCGAGACACAAACUAUGUGCUCCUCCACCGCUUUGAGAGGGACGAGGUGGAUGACAUCCGGGUUCACAACCCUUAUGAGAUCAGUGUGAGGCAGAGGUUCAUAGGGAAGCCAGACAUAUGCUUCCGACUCCUGUCGGCUAAAAUGCCGGAGGCCAUGUCUGUGCUAGAGAUGCAGUAUAAGAGGAAGGUGGAGUACACGAGUGAGUACUCUGCCUUUAAGACGACCCCAGCCACGACCCCAGUUGACCAGGAUCAAGGUUCAAUAUGGAAUGCAGGUAAGAAGUGUGGAUUUUACCUCUAAAGUCACAGGCAGGUGUUCUUCUUUGUUUAUUUUGCACUGUUUGUGCAUUGGUUUGUUUGACCACCAAGUGGCAGUAAAGGUCUAUGUAUUUUAGCAAUAGCUCAGUAUACAUCUUUGAAAUUGCUUUAGGCUCUCUUGAGGCUCAAAUCUCAUUAUACACUCUAGAUCAGGGUUCCCGAAUAGGCGGCCUGCGGGCCAAAUUCGGCCUGCGGGUGAUUUUAUUUGGCGCCCCCAGUUUUCUGAUAAGAAAUUAUGUACUUUUUGUUGUUUGACAUGACUGUAAAAUCCCCACGAUAUCAGCUCAAAGUGUAUUUUAAUUUAGGAAAUAUGUUCCCAAGUAUUCCCACGCAUAACUAGAGGCAUAUGUGGUCGUAUCCCAAUGGAAUCAAGGUUUUAAAUGAUUCCGUGUUUGUCAAAUACUUUAUUUUUAUUUUUAUGCCAUUUAGCAGACGCUUUUAUCCAAAGCGACUUACAGUCAUGCGUGCAUACAUUUUUACAUAUGGGUGGUCCCGGUGAUCGAACCCACUACCCUGGUGUUACAAGCGCCAUGCUCUACCAAUUGAGCUACAGAGGACCACCUUUAUCUGUUUGGGAUUCUUGCGGGCAAUUAGCUGUUCACAAAUUAUUUAUAACUAUGUUGACCCCUGCUCUAGAUUAUAGAUUUAUUACACAAUUUUGCAGUUUUUAUGUUAUGAGCUUUCCCCUUUACAUUAUCAUGGGAAUACUGUUAUGCUCAUAAGAUGAUCAUUUGUUUGUUUGAGUUGCCUUCUCACUGUAUCUCUGUCCCCCUCCUGUGGCAGCAGGCUUGCAGCAGUACCAGGAGACGGAGGUCCCCAGGACGGUCCCAGCAGGAGAGCUUUCCCAGGUGCAUUUGCAUGUCCUUAAGCCAGAGGUAACUCAGGCUGAGGUUCAGGAGCUCCGACAGGUGAGAGAUCUGAAUCUGGCUUCUAAUUUCUCUCCUUCUGUAUACUAAAGCAUGUGAUCCUACAGAAACCUAAUCCUAUAACAGUCUAAAGUUACAGUGGGGAAAAAAAGUAUUUAGUCAGCCACCAAUUGUGCAAGUUCUCCCACUUAAAAAGAUGGGAGAGGCCUGUAAUUUUAAUCAUAGGUACACGCCAAUUAUGACAGACAAAAUGAGAAAAAAAAAUCCAGAAAAUUGUAGGAUUUUUUAUGAAUUUAUUUGCAAAUUAUGGUGGAAAAUAAGUAUUUGGUCACCUACAAACAAGCAAGAUUUCUGGCUCUCACAGACCUGUAACUUCUUCUUUAAGAGGCUCCUCUGUCCUCCACUCGUUACCUGUAUUAAUGGCACCUGUUUGAACUUGUUAUCAGUAUAAAAGACACCUGUCCACAACCUCAAACAGUCACAUUCCAAACUACACUAUGGCCAAGACCAAAGAGCUGUCAAAGGACACCAGAAACAAAAUUGUAGACCUGCACCAGGCUGGGAAGACUGAAUCUGCAAUAGGUAAGCAGCUUGGUUUGAAGAAAUCAACUGUAGGAGCAAUUAUUAGGAAAUGGAAGACAUACAAGACCACUGAUAAUCUCCCUCGAUCUGGGGCUCCAUGCAAGAUCUCACCCUGUGGGGUCAAAAUGAUCACAAGAACAGUGAGCAAAAAUCCCAGAACCACACGGGGGGACCUAGUGAAUGACCUGCAGAGAGCUGGGACCAAAGUAACAAAGCCUACCAUCAGUAACACACUACGCCGCCAGGGACUAAAAUCCUGCAGUGCCAGACGUGUCCCCCUGCUUAAGCCAGUAUAUGUCCAGGCCCGUCUGAAGUUUGCUUGAGUGCAUUUGGAUGAUCCAGAAGAGGAUUGGGAGAAUGUCAUAUGGUCAGAUGAAACUAAAAUAGAACUUUUUGGUAAAAACUCAACUCGUCGUGUUUGGAGGACAAAGAAUGCUGAGUUGCAUCCAAAGAACACCAUACCUACUGUGAAGCAUGGGGGUGGAAACAUCAUGCUUUGGGGCUGUUUUUCUGCAAAGGGACCAGGACGACUGAUCCGUGUAAAGGAAAGAAUGAAUGGGGCCAUGUAUCGUGAGAUUUUGAGUGAAAACCAGCAAGGGCAUUGAAGAUGAAACGUAGCUGGGUCUUUCAGCAUGACAAUGAUCCCAAACACACCGCCCGGGCAACGAAGGAGUGGCUUCGUAAGAAGCAUUUCAAGGUCCUGGAGUGGCCUAGCCAGUCUCCAGAUCUCAACCCCAUAGAAAAUCUUUGGAGGGAGUUGAAAGUCCGUGUUGCCCAGCGACAGCCCCAAAAACAUCACUGCUCUAGAGGAGAUCUGCAUGGAGGAAUGGGCCAAAAUACCAGCAACAGUGUGUGAAAACCUUGUGAAGACUUACAGAAAACGUUUGACCUGUGUCAUUGCCAACAAAGGGUAUAUAACAAAGUAUUGAGAAACUUUUGUUAUUGACCAAAUACUUAUUUUCCACCAUAAUUUGCAAAUAAAUUCAUUAAAAAUCCUACAAUGUGAUUUUCUGGAUUUUCUUUUCUCAUUUUGUCUGUCAUAGUUGACGUGUACCUAUGAUGAAAAUUACAGGCCUCUCUCAUCUUUUUAAGUGGGAGAACUUGCACAAUUGGUGGCUGACUAAAUACUUUUUUCCCCCACUGUAUACUGCCUUUACAUUGUCUCUUUCUGCUUAAUACCUGUCCUGUAGACACCUGUUUUGUAUGUAGAGGAAAUGCGUGAUUGAAUAACCAUGUUAUGUUUCAGUAAAUGUAUGCCAUUUCAAUAGCAGGUUUUAAAGAACAAGCAUAACUUUGCCUAUGGAAAUCAUGGGAAGAUAAAUGCUAUAUUUCCAUUCCAAACCAGAGAUUCACUAAUGACUUAGAUUUUUCAAAUUAUAUUUUAUAUGUAAGUCGGUGAGACCACAAUCCAAACUCCAAUGGGUUUAAGAGAGGGAGGGAAAGAUACAUGGCCAGUUAUUUGGUCAGACGUCUCUGGUCAGACAGUGUAUAAAGUAUUUCCAUUCAAAGCCUCAUAAUGUUGAACAGGGUGAGCUCCAUGCAUGGUCUAUGGUCGCAAGACAUAAACAGUGACGCAAAUGCAGUCAAUUAUUUUUCAUUUAACACAUUAUUAUAAGUUGCUCAGAAUGGUGUAUUCCAUGUUAAACCUCUUCGAAACACAACAUUUUGUGUAUAUCUAAGACCACAUGUAAUUGGUUGGUGAACCGUUACAAGUAUGUUGUCAUUUUCAUAAUCCUCCUGAAACAUAGGCUACAGUCUCUCCAGACUUGGAUGUUUUUUACUGUCCCAUAAGCAAUUCUAUAAAGCUGAAUGAAGCUGAGAUUGAAUGAGCCUUUUGUGGAAACUGCGUUUACAACAGAAUAGUUAGUUACGUAUUACAAGUUAAGUAUUGACCACUUCAGAAUGGUCUCAAUACGAUUGUAUCUCAAUAUAGUUUUAUAUAUAAUCAUUUUACAAACAAAUCGAUCAUGUAAGUGACGUUUUUCUCAAUUAGUCUGUGUACAAUUCAGGGUUGUGUAUUCUUUCUCUAUCAGUGGAUUACUAUGUAGUGCUGAUAAGUCUUAAUGGUAAGUCUUAACUACAAAGCCUACCACUUUCUCAAGUGGUACAAUAGUACACUUUUUGACACACCCAACCCUGAUGAUUAGAACCUAUAGUGAGAGCCCCUCGUUGAGAGCCACUUUCAACCUUAUUUACUACCCAAGUGUAUAGCAAAUAGCCCCUUUUGUCAAAAGAUAUUUGAUACAGAUUAUCAGUUGGUUUAUUGUUCAAAUCAGUUAAAUAUUUACAGUUCUUUAUGUCCUAAACAAAUUCCUACGAGUCACCACACCUCACCUUUCGUCAGUUUACUGAGGUUAUUAGCCUACUUUUUUUUUAAACUUGUGUGUAUUUUACUAACAUAUCUGACUGUUUAUGUUAAUACACCCAAACAAACCUAAUUUUCAAGCAGUGGUGUGAUGAUAUUGAACUUAAGCAGUAGGAUUGAGUUAAAGGUCCUGUGCACAUUGUUGCUGUGUGUCAACACUUACUGGCAGUUGAAAACUGACAUGUCAAUGGGUGUGUGUGAUAAUGUGUAGGAUAAUAUUAGUUUAGAAACCACGGUGGUGGGGUUUGGAGGGAAUGUUUAUAAGGUUUUGCUUGGCACAACGCAGUUUAUUUUAGUUGUUCCAUUGACCAUUAUGUACACAGUUGUUGGAGCUUGGAGAUGGAGUUGCAGAAUUCCCUGAACACACAGAAAGUUUAAAUAACAUUUAAUUGACUUGUUUGUUAUCGAUGACCAGAGGAGAUCUCUGUAAAACCACCAUGUGCUUGAGUAUCGUAUACUAGUCACAUUGAUAUUGUUUCACAUGGAGAUUGUGUCUUGAACUAGCGACGUAAAUACAGUUAUUAUAGAUAGUUUUCAUUCAUUCUGUCUUCUUGGCCCCAGCAGGCAGUGGAAGAAGAAUUAUGACUGAGAAAAAAGUGUUAUUCCUCCUCUCUGCUCAUCUCCCCCGUCUUUUCCACUGACUGACUCACUCCCUCUCCUCUCAGGACAUAACGCCUAGAGAAGACACUUUUUCCCCCACAACAAGAAACAAGAUUACUCCCACAGACCUAGGUCAAAUACAUAUGUCAAAUACUUGAGCUGCGCUUGAUUUACUUUGCCCUGUAAAAUGGAACAAAAUGGAUCCAGAAGUGCGAACCACAAGCUAAAUCAAAUGUAUGUAUGUGUGUGUGCCUAUAUGUCUCUCUCCCUACUCUCUCAGAUGCUGAUGCAGCUGAAAAACCUGGCUCUGGAGGCUGAGACAGAGCUGGAGAGGCAAGACGAGGCCCUGGAUGUUCUGACCACCUCUACAGACCGGGCCACCAUGCACAUAGACAAACACACCUGCCGCAUGAAGAGACUGCUGUAACUCACACACCAGUCAGCCAGCCAACCGGCUCACUUACAAUGCAAUGCAGAAAUGCACUGUGAGUUGCCAUUGCCUUGUUGUACUGUACCUCCUAUAUUUGAGGUUCCAUAACCAUUGAAACCAGAUUUUACCGUCUGCUUGGUUGUAACACGUGAAGUUAUGUCUUAGCCUCAGGUGUAGUCAUACACCCUUACCUCAUUGUAACGUGUAAAAUAUAGAAAUCGAUGUUCCUCUCAAUGUGGUAAUUACCGACCAGUCCACUAGAUGGCAUUUACAUCAAGGUGAGGAAGUGUUCACUCCCAUCAGCACUUUGUGGAGAUAUCGUCCUUUUAGCACUGACAAACCAGGAAUAGAUCCAAACCUGGUUGUUGUUGACGGGAGAUGGAAUCCCUGGGUUGGACAGACAGAAUGGUCUCUGUCACACAUGUAUACCAUGGUUUCUGAUGUACUUAAAUCACGGUGAGGAACGAUUGUCAUGUGUUUUUUCCUUCUUAUUUUUCAGGUGUAGGUGUCAGUGAAGCCAUCCCCUCCCUCCAUGCACAUGGUUUCCCUCCAGCUCCACCUGUUGCAUGUCCCCAUGUUGCUGCUGAGUAAGCGAUGCAUCGAGUGGGAUCACUGCAUUAUAAUCCAGGUUUGCAGUGGGUAUGUAACAUGUAGCAAAGUCCCUUGGAACUGUGUCGCUUGAAACACACAGAAUACUGUACAGAGCUCCUACUCGAAGUCAAUUCCUAUUCCAUAAUGUACCGUACUAGAAAAAGCAGGCAGCAACUCACAAUAGGUUAUUUCUCUAACAUUGUCACUGGAUUUAGGAAUAUCUGUAUAAUCUUAUGUGUCUAUUAAUGACUCGCAUAUUUUGAUGCUGUAGUGUACUCUAUGUUGUACUGGAAUUUAUUUAUUGUCUCGUUUCAUAUGUGAACUUGCGAUAAACUGUUAUUUAAACUCAAUAUCUGGUAAAUAAUGCUUUUCUCCGUACAUUUCAUGCUAAUGUACUGUAGAGAGCAGAGGAAGUAUUUGAGUGGCGCGUAAUUAUCCAAUAAAAUAUGUUUACAUAGAAGACAGACGAUUGGCUUUAAGUAGUACAAUACAACCUGCCCAGUUUAUAAAAGCCAAUAUACACUGAACAAAAAUCUAAAUGCAACAUGUUAACCGUUG